GGGAUACCGAAUAUAAUACUUUUUUAGAAUUAAUAUAAUACUGAUAAACAGAUAAAGAAAGGGUUAAUCCUUUUUUUUUAAUUUAAUAGGACAAACUAAGCAUCAUAAAUCACUGUCUCAAUAAACUCUGAAACUCUCAGAAUUGAAGACAUAAAUCUUUUUGUUAGGGAAAUGGAAGCCAUUGAUGAACUUUGUAUGAAGAAAGUGCCCAUUCAAAGAGUCACUCUUGCAUCCAUUGAAUCAUUGGCCAUACCACUUGUGCAGGAAGUGGUGUUCUUGGCGGAUUACCGGAGCGCUAGGUGCCGGCGGAGGGUCGCGGCGGUUAUGUCCAGAAUGAACGGAGAAACGGAUUCAGUGAUGAUUAGUGUGCUGGAAAAGAAGAUUAGUAUAACUUGCAAAGUAUCAAGGGCAAAAAACACUUCGGGCCAACAAUCGUCGAUGUCCAACGCUCUUAACAAAUUUACUUCCAUUUUCGUCACUCUCUUUCUCCCUUCACAUUCUUAACAAAUUUACUUCAAUUGUUAAUCCAUUCCCCAAAAUCCAACAUGCCCCACUUCACAUUCUUCAAUAGCUAGUGCCCUUCGAACAAAAUAAACCAAAC